CAAUUUGGAACGAACUGGGAACACCCCAAAUGGUAAACUGCUGCAUAAAGUUCUAUUCCUACGAAUGUUGUCGAAUGUUUUAUUUUUUUCAACUGCGAUAAUAUAUACAUUUGGAUUGGUGAACUUAUACGAGGUGUAAUAUUAGCAGCGAGAAGAAAGAUUUUAUACUCAGGAAGCUUCUGUAAUUCACUCCCGAGUGAAUUUCUAAAAAAUUCACUUUAUAUUGAAAGGGGUGAAAUUCACCUGGAAAUGAAUUUGCCUUUUAAAAUUUCUAUAAUUUUACAGAAUGUGUAAGAAAAUACCGCGGGAAAGCUAUUUUAUUACUUCACCUUUUAUAAUUUCUCCAUGUACUGCUUUGGUAACUUUCGAUACGUGGGCAUUUCAUCGCGUCCAUUUUUAACGUUGACUGAUGAAGAGUGUUUUCGCAUAAGUAUUUCAUAACUACUUGGCAACUCCACUCAUAAUAAAUACAAACAAAAACCUGUUUUAAUUGUGCUUUUUAAUUCUGAGUUUUCCAUAAUGUCUGACGCUUCUAAAAAUAAACAAAAAUCUAGGAAGACUAAUGGAUGGGAAGAGGCAGGAUGCGAGUUUUAUCAGGAAAAUUACUGUGCAGAAUGGGAUGGCUUCGCAAAAAAUCCUAUUGCAAUAACUACGUUGCUACCAUCAAAACAAAAUAGACUAGGUACAUCUAAACGAAAUUACACUCAAAGGGAUCGUAAACAUAAAAUUUGCUGGCAGCAGUUAACAUCUACUGGUCCGCGGAAUUAUCAGCAAAAUGAAGGACAGUUUUCACUUUUGCCAGAUUUGUCUCAAAUUAUUAACGACGAAGAGCAUAUCUGGGAAGAGAUGUUUCAGAUCAAACAGUUGCCACUAUCAAUGCACCAAAAAAAAGAAUUCAAGUCCGAUUUGCAGAGUGCAACAAAAUUACGUCUUCAAGGCUUUAACCAACUUAAAUGGAAACAUCGUAAAGCUUGGCAAAAAAUUGCUUUGGAGUGGUCUAAAUUUAGUGCUACUAUCAAACUGUGGCAGUCGUCUUUAAAACAAAUCGAAGGUCAUUUUGGUAGCGGCGUAGCUGCUUAUUUCAUUUUUCUGCGAUGGCUUUUCUACCUUAAUUGUAUUACAUUUCUGUUAAUUGUUAUAUUUGUAAUCACUCCAAACAUUCUAACACGCGAGAAAAUUUUGGACAGAUGUAAGCUUUCGCCAAAUGUAAAUUACUCUAGCAAUUGUCUUACAGAAAUCGUUGAUCGUAACACUUACGUAGAUAGUAAGAACAGAGAAUCGUUUAGUAUCCUUGAUUUAGUGCAAGGCACUGGAAUAUUAGAAGUUUCUUUAAUGUUUUAUGGGGGGUAUUCUAAUAAAAGAGUCGGAAUUGCUCUUAAAGAAUCUCAUAACUCUACACACACCGAAAGCGAUCAGGUUCUAUACGAUUUAUCGUCGGCAUAUAUAUUUGCAGUAUUGGGCUAUUUUACAACAACAUUAAUAUUUAUUGUAAAAGCAUCAGCACGAGAAUUCAAAGAUCGACUUAUAAACGGGAGAUGGCAGUUUUAUCAAUAUUGCAACCUGGCUUUUGGGGGCUGGGACUUUUGUAUUCACAAUGAAAAAUCGAGUAUCAUUAAACAUAAAGCAGUAUUUAAUGAAUUCAAAAACUCAAUUCACUCUAAAAGAAUUGAGGUCGAAAGAAAUAAUCGCUCAAAUGACUAUAUGCUUAGACUUAUCAUGAUAAGAAUUAUUGUUAAUUUUGCGGUCGUUAUUAUACUAAUACUCUCUGCGUACAUUAUAUUUUUGCUAUUCAAUAUGAGCCUGCAACAAGGGUAUGGUAAAUAUACAAACGUGAGCUAUAUAGAAGUAAAUUCAAUAGAUUUUGCUGAAGUUAAAGAACCAUCACUGCAACUUCUUGAGCUCUUUUAUGAUUUUGCUCCCUAUGUUUCCAUUGUAUGCUUAAACCUUAUAUUGCCAGUUUUUUUUAAAUAUUUGUGUAGCUUUGAAAAAUACUCCCCAAUGUUUGUGAUAAAAAUCAGUCUCAUCCGAAUGAUAUUUCUACGACUAGCAUCUUUGUUUAUUUUAUUAAGCCGUUUCUACUACAUUGUCAUACCAAAUUCCGAAAGCAAUAUUUCGAAUUUCACUUCAUAUAAAUGUUGGGAAACCUUUGUGGGGCAACAGUUCUACAAACUUGUUCUAACAGAUUUCGUAAGCCAUCUAUUUGUAACGUUUUGCUUUAACCUACCCCGUGCUAUAUUGGCUUUAUAUUUUGAUAGUAAUACUUUCGUGAAAUUCGUAUGUGAGCAAGAGUUCGAAUUGUCAAAGCAUGCUCUGGAUAUUGUGUAUUUACAAACCAUUUGCUGGAUUGGAAGCUUUUAUAUGCCCUUUUUGCCAGCUUUAACAAUAGUAAUUACGUUUCUAAUGUUUUACGUUAAAAAGUUCCAGUGUCUCGUCAAUUCCAAACCAACAAAAAUACUAUAUGGAACAUCUAGGUCUAAUUCUCUUUUUAUGUUUGUGUUAUUGAUAUCUUUCAUUGUUUCAGUGAUAGUACUAACUUAUGCGUUUUCUGAAGUAACUCCUUCUGUCGCAUGUGGACCAUUUAGAGGACUAAAAACGGUGUGGGAUGCUCCGUUGUCUACCUUUAUGGGAAUGCCAGCAUUUUUCAAAGAUUUUGUGUUCUUUUUCGGAACUCCCGGUUUUGUUAUACCUUGCUUUUUUGUUUUAACUUUGUUACUGUAUUAUUUCUACGCUGUUUCUGAUGCGAACAAAAAUAUGGUUGAGGUUUUGAAAAAUCAAUUAGUUUUAGAAGGGCAUGAUAAAAAAUUUCUACUAACUCGUCUCUUAUUGACGCAUCAAGAAACGCAAGAGUAAAAAUAUGUUAUAAUUUUACUAAAGACAUCUAAUUACAUAUAGUAUACAUAUAUAUAAGGAAUAAGGACUGUCUGUCUAUCUCUCUUAAGAAAAAUGUGUUUUAGUGUUAAUUUAUCACAAGUUUAGGAUAAAUUGAAGAUAGAUAAUUAUUCAGAAGAUCUCCAAUAUAGAAGCCAUACACAAUACUCAUAAAUACUUACGGCAACUAUUUAACUCGAAAUAAAGAACAUUUAUUAGAAAAAAACUUGUGACAUGCUGAACAUAUAUACAUUUUUUAAUAAGAGCAUAAUUGAAUCGGUUAAUUACCAAAAGGAAUAAGUAAGCAUCUUUCCAAUAUGGCAAAUUUGAUGCAGUUCAACAGAGUUCCUUCAAAUGAACCGAACUGCAUCAAAAUUGUCAUAUCGAAAAAAUGCUGACUUAUUCCCUUCGGCAAUUAACCGAUUCAUUGCCGGUAAUAGAGGGAACGAAAGUUAUGACAAUCAAAUGUAAAAUAAAAAUAUUUAUUGCGCUUUUUCUGCAGCAUUUCAGAAGGGAACGAAAGUUAGCAAAUCAAAUGUAAUAUAAAAAUAUUGAU